UGGACAUCUGGAUGAUGAUGUGUUUCAGCCGGAUCAUAAUGAAUGUUACACCAUCAUUUCCGCUCUACCACAGAGUUAACAGGAGUUUAACAGCAUAAAUAUGAAAUAUAUUUAUUUUAAAACGUUUUAGGAGCCGGUAAAAACUCAUUACGUCAUCGCGGUCUAGCUACCGUGUAGCUAACAGCAUGUGCUAACGUCGCGUGAGAAAACUUAAACGGGAGCAGUCAGUCUUAUUUUGGUAUUUCUGUUAGCAUGGAUGCUAGCGGGGAAACGGCUAACGUGCUUUUUGAUGAAGAAAUGACAGAAGUUGGACAUCUAACAGACGAAGAUAAGUGUGACCUGGAUCUGGACAUAGACGUGGAGUUGGCAAAGAUGACAGUUGAAGACCUGAUCCGGGACCAGGCUGUGCAGACAGACAACAACACAAGCGAGUCCGGCGUCAACACGCAGCCAGACUGGGAGGACCAGGUGGCUGCCAUGUUUGAGCUCAGCUCCAGCCUGAGGGAGGAGUACGAGCGUCUGGUGAGGAAGCAGGAGGAGGAGGCAGAGGUGCAGGAGAAACACAAGCAGCAGCUGCAGAAGAGGAAGGAGGACGCCACCCGUCAGCACCAGGCUCUUCUGGAGAAACUGGAGUCCCUGAGAGUAAAACUGCAACUGAACAACUGCAAGGCCACCAGGAAGAACUUCCAGAGCAAGAAACAGGAAAUGAGCUCAGAGAAGAGCCGAGCAGAGGAGGAGAGGAACAGGCUGGCCAAGGAGUCGGAGGAGGGCGAGCGGAAACUGGCGGCGCUCACAGAGGAGCAGAGCGAGGAGCAGAGCAGGUGGCAGGAGGAGCUGGAGGAGCUGAAACAGGAGAUGGAGCGGGUGAGGAAGGAGGCGCAGGAGGCCCAGCUCCAGGCUCUGAAGGAUGAGAUCACCGCCGUGGAGAAGCAGCGAGACAACGCCAUGAGUCGCAUCGAGGCGUGGCUGAAGGAGGUGGCCCAGUACCUGAACGCUCUCAGGGUGGAGUUCCCUCAGCAGUACCACGACGAGCAGGUCAAGUGGGAGAAGAAAGAAGGUCUGGUUCGGAAAACCAAAGCCGAGCUCCAGAACCGCUUCCAGGAUGUUCUGCAGCAGCUGCAGCAGGGUCGGGAGUUGGAGUCUCUGCCCCGCAUCAACGUCCCGUCCCUUCCACAGGUUCCCAUGGCGGAGCUGAGGUUCAACCAGGUGAUGCAGUCUCUGGCUCCACCCCCCUUUAUGCCUCCCUCACCUCCUCCUAACCAAGUGAACCAGCCCCUCCCUCCACAGAGGCACCCGCACUAUUACAUGCCACGACACCGUCACCCCCCCCCUCAUCCUCACAACCCCCAGUACCGAGGUUCCUUCCUCCCACAGCACCACCCGUUACCCCAGCUGUUCAACAUCCCUCCACCAUCGCUCCACUUCCAGCCUGUCCAGUUCCAGCCUCACGUCAGACCUCCAGUGAAGGUGACCCCGCCUCCCAGUCUGUCCCCGUCCCCUCCAGUUCACCCAGUGGUCCCCUCCCCGCCUCCACCUGCAGCGCCAGCUGCUGCCCCGUCUGCAUCCGCUGGAAAACUGGACAAAGUUCUGGAAAAACUGGGGACCAGAUUCCCACAAUGCAACAAGGCUCAGCUGACGUCACUGCUGCAGCAGGUCAAGAGUUCCCGCGGAACGCUGGCGGGAAUGUCCAUGGAGGAUGUCGUCGAGCAGGUUGGCUUCAAGCUGGCCCAGGCCGAGAGGUCGGCCCCGGGGCCCAUCCAGAGGCCUCUGCCUCUGGGGCCCAUCCAGAGGCCCACUCCGCCGCUGCAGAGAGCCACAGCUGCAGCAGGCGGCGGUCCAGCAUCCGCAGCCCGAAAACUCUGCCUCAUGUGCCAGAACCACGUGGAUCCAGAGAGCCGGCACCAGCUGAGCUGCUCACACACCAUCCACAAGGACUGCAUCCAGAUGUGGCUUCAGUCCAGCAAGAACAACUCCUGCCCCUUCUGUCCCGGGAAGUAAGGAAGAGCCGGACCAGGAGGCAAGGGUUUCCACUUCCUGCCGGAGCUCAGACCUUCGAAUGUUUGUGGUUCCCUGUCAUGAUGUAGAUGAUGAUGAUGGUAUGAAGGGCCGUCCCACUUCGUGCCUGUUUGUUUUCUACAAUAAAGUUCUUUAAGGGAAAUAAUUCUAGGAUUUAUCCUGAUCCACCUUUACAUUUUAAUUUAAAACAAUUUAAUUUGUGCCAAUUUAAAAGAUACUUAGCCAGCGAUCAGACCGUCGAGGCGAAGCAACAUUUCAGAGCCGGUAAGAAAACGUCUGAGCCCAUAAUGUCCAGAAGAUUUUCACCAGCUUUGUUAUAACAUUUAUUCAGUUUUGGACCAACAGUAAAAUAAAGUUUGAGUCAAUUAAUAACUUUAGCCAGUAAUAAAUAAAUAAAUAAUUUUUUUAUUAAUUAAAGUAAUUAAGUUAAUUUAGUUAAUAAAAUAUUUGGGACAAUAAUACAGUAACAUCUUCCCAAAGAGAUUUCUGAGCCAAUAAUUUAAAACAAAUAUAAAUAAAUAUAAAAUAAAACAAAAAUAGAAAACGAUUUAAUAAAAUGAGUCAAUUUGAUCAAAUAUGAAACGAUAACUUUCUCCAACAUUUCAGCUAAAAUAAAAUGUAUAUAUAUAUAUACACAUAUAUACAUAUAUAUAUAUAUAUAUAUAUAUAUGUGUGUGUGUGUGUGUGUGUGUCAAACUACAUUUGAGUCAAUAAAUUAAUUUAUUCUUUACAAAAACAAUUUUCUGAACCAACAAUAUAAAAACUGAGUGUGUAAAAUUUGAGUCAAAUGAAAUAUUUGGGACAAUAAAGCUACAACUUCCUGCCAAUUACAGAACAUUUUUGAGCCGUAAAUAAAAUAAUUUAAAGCCAAAAAUUUAAUAAUUUUAGUCAUUAAUUAAGUAUUUAUGCUAACAAUAAAACAGCCAGUAAUAAGAUUCUGAGCCAACGUUAUGAUUCUUCAGAUAAAAAUCUUCAACCAAUAAUAAAAUAUUCCUGCCACUAAUCGGAUAAAAGUUUUAAGUGAAUAAUGAAAAAAAAAUGAUAAAAUUAAGUUUUUAUGCUAUUUGUUGGUUAUUUGUCUGGAAAUAAAUGUUGAAAAUGUAAUAAAUAAAACUGUAGUUAUUAUUUAAAUAAGAUUGUUUGCUGUUUUA